AGAAAGGAACAGCUUGAUAAAGUUCGAAAGAAGAGGGAAGACCAAGAGCCAAGAUCUUUUGGCGAAAUAGGGGGGAAAAAGUCGUUAGUGGCCGGUCGGCGGAAUGAGGGGGGGGAGGGGGCAAAGCACCGUUAUCAAUAACGAAGAGGAACGCUGGUUCCGCCCAACGUCUCAAUCCCAUCGGGCGAAGAUUCGUGCAAGACGAGAGAGGCGAACGAUAUAUUCGGUGCAAGCCGCAAGUUGGAGAUUUUUGGCCGGGUGCCCACCGCCAUCCAUUGAUUAUGCGAUUGUUGUUCCGGGCCAUCCUCUGUCUCACCCUCGUUACCGCGGCCCAACUCGUGACCAGACCCGCCAGAUCUUUGUCGUUUCGGAAGGGCAGCUCCUUUUUUUACAGGGUGAACUUCAAGAUCGCGAUGUUCCCUUACACGACCAUCUUCUCGCACGUGGCUGGUUUCAAACUGGUGUGGCUGCUUCCAACCGGGGCCGAGAUCACCAGGUUCGUCAGGUCCGUGGACGACGUUCACCAGGCCGCCGAGAUCGUAUACGAGAGCCACGGAUUCGACGGGAGAUCGUGCCUGUUGAAGAACAUCUGUCAAGCGAUGGAGUACGUGAGCCAGAGGGACGGAGUGAUCGCGAAGAUAUUGAAAUUGUUGGCCGGAUCGUACAACGGUACCACGGGUAAUCCUGUUUACUGCGACGUCCACGUAAGACGUUGCCCCCUCGACUUGAUCGGCGUCGACUAUUUCACGGGCCAAUGAAUCGACGAAGCAACUGAUCUGGUUGAGAAAUAUAUUUUCGAAUCGACGAGUUAUUAACUACUUCGUAAAUCAAUAAAGAUUCUCACAAUACAGAGAGUAUCAAUUUAACAAUUGGAAA